UACAGGCUGUGUACGUGUUGACCCAGCGCAGCUGACACCACUGCCGCCACACGCAUUCAUGACUGCAGCAUACAGGUCAAACGUAAUUGCUGCUAGAACCACGGAAUAUUAGAUGCGUUAGUUACUUUGACGAGACAUGGAACAGGUUAAGGUAAAAGGAAGCAAGCAUACAGAGGUGAUACAUGAGUUUGAGAUCUGCAUUGAACGACCAAAACCAAGUGCUUUUGAUGAGCUUAUAGCCCUGUUGAAGAAGAUUCUCAAUUAUUGCAUCUGUGUGGUGACGUGUGGUUGUGUGGCACCACACAGAUCUUCAAAUGGAAUAAAUGGUGAAGAAUAUGGAACACUGCUGUUAGACGAUGAAAGAAUAGCUGUUGAAAAUCUGCUUACAUAUUUGGAAACAGAGAACUGCAAUGAUGCGGUGGUGUCCCCUCAGCAUCUGCGAGCCCUCUGCAUUCUAACAUAUUCUGACAACAAUGAUUUACAACGAUCAGCAGCCCUGUGCUUUGCAGAGUUCAGUGAGAAGAUGUGCGGACCACUCACAACAGAAAUGGCUGUCCCUCUUGUCCAGCUGCUCCAUUCAGCUGAUGUACAAGUACAGAGAGUGGCAAGUCAUACUGUCAGCAAGUUUUUAGUAGUGCCAUAUGUCACAAACAAGGAGGUGUUAGCAUCCAUUGGUGUAUUAACUCCCUUGAACCGUCUCCUCUUCUCCAGUGACCCUGAGGUACUAUGUAAUACAUGUGGAUGCAUUGCUGCUCUGGCUACAGCAGAUUGUAGCCAGCAGCAGCUAUACAUGGACCAAAGCAUCAAAGCUCUACUAUCCUUGCUGAAAUCUGCCCAUGUACACAUCCAACAUAAUGCGGCCGGAGCCAUUCUCAACCUCACACGUUCUCAAUGUAAUCGUAACGAGCUUGUGUCUCAGGGAGCACUACCUGUGUUGGUGGAUAUGCUACAUUCCCCAGAUGAAGAGAUCCAGUAUACUUGUAUUGCUGCACUCAGCAAUGUUGCUGUCCAUGAAAAACAUCGAGCAAUGAUGGUAGCUAUUGGCAAUCAUGAUGUUAUUCUGCAGCUGAUCAGUUUGAUGUACUCAAGACAAGAAAAGAUCAAGUGCCAAGCCUGCUUUGCUGUACGUAAUUUGGCCUCUGAUGGCGACCAGCAGGUACUGUUUGUGAGGUAUGGUAUCCUCGAAGCUCUGCACAAGGUGAUGAAGGCAACAUCCUACAGCACACAGCCCCUUGCUGCACACAUGCUGGCUGCAGCACUUGGCUGUCUCAGGAACCUGUCAAUUUUGAAAGCAAAUGAGCUUUCAAUUGUGAGUGAAGACUUCUUGCCUGAUAUGUGUAGAAUUCUCAAUAGUGGUCACAACUGGGAGGCUCAGAGACAUGCUGCAGGGACCAUCAGGAACAUUGCUGUGGGUGAUCACAUCCAGGCAGUUCUAGAAAGUGAAUGUUUAGAGGCGCUGUGCUGGUGUCUUCUUGAUGUAAGGACAAAGUCAUCUGCACAUGCAGACAUCACAGCGGCCUUAGCUGUCCUGGCAGAUGAAGAUGAUGUGAAGAGCAAGCUAUUGGCAUUAUGGAAUGGUGGGAUGUUUGGUCGCUUGGUGUCCUUAGCAUCACUCUCCAUCAGCAAAGAGGUGCAAUACAACAGUGCUGGCAUUGUAGGGCAACUGGCUUUACAUGGUAUACCAGAUGACCUGAGGGAAACUAAUAAACUUGGUAUUGUAUUGUAUAUUGACAAGUUUCUCAAGUCAAAGGACCAAAACUUUCUUCACAUCGGUCUUUGGACACUAAGUCAGCUAUUGAAUGAUCCAGAGUUUGUAACUGCCUUCAAGGACCACCACAUUGACCAUGUCAUACGGAGGCUUCUUACAUCAAGUCACUCUCCUGCCAUUAUAGACCUGGCUCAAGCAGUGCAGGACAGACUUCUAGGGGCACAUCAAGAGCAUGUGUCAGAUACACCAUAGACACUAGCAUGUGUCACAUACACCCUACAGACCAGCAUGUGUCAGAUACACCAUAGAGACCAGCAUGUGUCACAUACACCCUACAGACCAGCAUGUGUCACAUACACCAUAGUGACCAGCAUGUGUCACAUACACCCUACAGACCAGCAUGUGUCACACACACCAUACAAACCAGCAUGUGUCACAUACACCAUACAGACCAGCAUGUGUCAGAUACACCCUACAGACCGGCAUGUGUCACAUACACCAUAGAGACCAGCAUGUGUCACAUACACCCUACAGACCAGCAUGUGUCACAUACACCAUACAGACCGGCAUGUGUCACAUACACCCUACCGACCGGCAUGUGUCACAUACACCAUACAGACCAGCAUGUGUCACAUACACCAUAGAGACCAGCAUGUGUCACAUACACCCUACAGACCAGCAUGUGUCACAUACAUCCUACAGACCAGCAUGUGUCACAUACACCCUACAGACCAGCAUGUGUCACAUACACCCUACAGACCAGCAUGUGUCACACACACCCUACAGACCAGCAUGUGUCACAUACACCCUACAGACCAGCAUGUGUCACACACACCCUACAGACCAGCAUGUGUCAUAUACACCAUAGAGACCAGCAUGUGUCAGAUACACCCUACAGACCAGCAUGUGUCACAUACACCAUAGUGACCAGCAUGUGUCACAUACACCCUACAGACCAGCAUGUGUCACACACACCAUACAAACCAGCAUGUGUCAGAUACACCCUACAGAUCAGCAUGUGCCACAUACACCCUACAGACCAGCAUGUGUCAUAUACACCAUAGAGACCAGCAUGUGUCAGAUACACCAUAGAGACCAGCAUGUGUCACAUACACCCUACAGACCAGCAUGUGUCGGAUCACAAUACGACCAGCAUGUGUCAGAUACACCAUACAGACCAGCAUGUGUCACAUACACCAUAGAGACCAGCAUGUGUCAUAUACACCCUACAGACCAGCAUGUGUCACAUACACCCUACAGACCAGCAUGUGUCACAUACACCCUACAGACCAGCAUGUGUCACAUACACCCUACAGACCAGCAUGUGUCAUAUACACCCUACAGACCAGCAUGUGUCACAUACACCAUAGAGACAAGUAUGUGUCACAUACACCAUAGAUGGCAUCCAUACUGAAACAGUGCAUUGAAUGAAUAAAGAAGUUGAAAUCGA